AUGACCACCAUUUUGAUAUCUGCGCGCACUAGCUCGACGAAUAGUGUUCCAUACGAGUCUCAGACCAAACGUUCACUGAAUGACUCGUCUCUUCCCGAUUGGCGUCGCAUACCCAACUAUCCCAUUCACAAGCAAUUAAACACGCAGUCAGUACCGAUAGUGAUGCCGCAAUCUCGUGUACCUGAGAAGGAUAUUGCCGCGCCUGGGCGAACCAGGAAUGGCACGAAGAUAAGUGGCAAAGAAAACACUGCCACCAAUGGCUGGCAUGAAGCCAUAGGGAAACGAAAAGCUGUGGACUAUGAAGAAGAUAUUGAAGGGUUCCAAUUCUCACGGACUUCGCGCCCAAAGAAGGCUCGAUCAAUAUCUACCACUUCUGCUGAAUGUCGUGCUGUGGAUCGAUUACCCGCUCAUGAGAAGCCUGGUCAACCACACCGGACUGAAUUUACGGAUCCGAUGAGAUCCAGUUCCGAAGGUCUGGAUGUAAGAAAAAGACGACCAGGUAAAACAAAGGACCCAGACACCGAAGACAACUACCCUCCAGAGGCUGCAACUCCAGCCUUUCCUCUAGACGGCACGAAAAUUAUCCUCCCAUUUGCUGAUACACCGGUUAUGCAACGGAAUAAGGAAAUGAGACAGGAGCGGGGCAGAGGACAAAGGAGAAGCAGUUUUGGGAUGAGGGGCAGAAGAGCCAGCUCACUGAUAGAAUCUGGGACUUCAAAUGCACUCCCGCAUGACAAGGUUGAUACGACAGACUUUUACAAACAUAUUGAGAGUGAAGCUUUGUCUGAGCCCAGACGAAUGCGACAACUAUUGACUUGGUGCGCAACGAGGGCUAUGGGCGAAAAGCCCUCUGGCUCUAGGUCCGAUGAUGAAAGUGCCAAACUAGCAGCACGCGUGAUACAAGAGGAAAUGCUCAAAGAAUUUUCAAAUCGAUCUGAGCUCGCCGAUUGGUUUAGCCGUGAGGAAACUACUGCUUUGACUGUGGUUGUGAAAAAGCCGAACCCAAAAAACGAGCAGAACGUGGAGAAAAUCAAAGAAUUGGAAGAACACAUUCAGCGCCUUCAAGCUGAACGACAGUCUCUGGCGGCUCUCUUACGUUUGCCCUUGGUGCCGAGAAUCAAGUCGACGUUUGCGGAUGCCGAAAAAAGUGGUCCUGGUGACUCGGGCACAAACAGUACAAAUACGUCUGCGAUCAAUUCUGCAUUUUUAGACGACACCCAAAGAUCGCUUCUUACCGUUUUAGCUGAGCCCUUGUUAACCCCACAUCCAGUAUUAACUUCCUCAACGGAGUCGUCAGACUCUACAUUGUCAUUGACCACGCGGCUCACAUCGCUUUCCUCGUCCCUUGCGCCGAUUUUGGACUCCUUCGCUACGGGCGUCCAUAACAUUGAGCUGUAUCGGUCUAUGGUGGAUAUGGUGGCUGGCGGUGUAUUGCGCAUGUGUGCGCAAAGCUUAGAACAGAGGGAUUUUGGGUCUCUAACUGUACGAAAGGUUGGGGACAGCCAGGUACCAGACGAUACGGGGGGCAACACCGUGGAAAAUCCACAAAAGGAGGAUUUAAGACGGGUACUGGGAGCUCUUGGCCGCCUUGAGAAUAAGUGA